CAGUAAGUGCACAACGUCACUGAAGCUGCGUCUCCAUUAAUAUCCCACCAACUCCACCACGAGCCAGUCGCCGCCUCCUCUUCUCAUCUGAGCGGUUGAGCCGCCGCCGGCGCCCGGCGCCACCGCAUUUCUCUCCCACCAGGCAGCCCCUCCGUCCUCGCCUUCCCACCGGCCGCCAACCGUCGCUAGUCUCGCCGUACGCAAGGAAAGGAGAGAGGACCAGAUCACCAGAGGAGCCGACCCCCGACCAUCCGGCGUCCGCCCACCAGCCUGCGAGUCUUCGACUUCGACAGCAUCCAACUCUCCACAUCUCCAAGCAACUCAGCAGCGACCGUCGGUCCAUCUCGGCAUCUCGGCGCUCGGCGGCGCGCGUCUUCUCCACUUCGCCAAAACGUCUUCCACGGAGCACUCAAGUCAACGUAGUGGUCCGAGGCACAAGGAAUCUAGCAUGCGAUGGAGCAUUUGAUUGAAUUAUACAGCGGGUGGGAAAUCCAACUUCUUGUACUGCUCAGCUUCACAUUGCAGUCGUUCCUCUUCUUUGCUGGCAGACUGCGGCGCCGAAGCAGCAACAGCUUUCUCAGGCUCUGCCUCUGGGCAGUUUAUUUGGGGGCAGACUUGGUAGCAGUGUAUGCACUGGGCUAUCUCUCUAAGCGCCGAGAUGUCACCAUUCAAACGAACAUACUUAUAAGAACCCAACCACUAGCUUUCUUUUGGGCACCAUUCCUCCUCAUCCAUCUUGGUGGGCAGGAUACCAUCACUGCUUUCGCCAUGGAGGACAACAACUUGUGGUUGAGGCAUCUGUUGAAUCUGGUGAUGCAAGUUUCCCUAGCUUUAUAUGUUUUUUGGAAGUCCAUUGGUAAACACAGUGCGAACCUUCUGCUUGCGGGUAGCUUUGUGUUUGUUACUGGAAUUAUCAAGUAUGGAGAAAGAACAUGGUCUCUCAAGUGUGGCAGCCUUCAAAGUCUUGAGAGCUCAGAUGCACUGCGUUACAAAAAGGAAUUGCCUGAAGGAAUCUCUGGUGAUGGUGGCGUUGUUCGUGCUGCUCUGGAUUCCAUGCCAUUUGUCCUUGAUGUCUUGGCCGAACGCAACUUGCUUGAUCUCGGCAGAGAAUAUAUGAACAAAAUAGAUGACCCUGAGCAAAUGAUACGGAUGGUGAGGCUUCAGCUUGGCAUGAUAUACGACGAUCUCUACACUAAGUCUCUUGUGCUCAGAACGUGGAGUGGAGUUAUACUUAGAUGCAUCUCUCAGGCCUCGGUAAUAGUUGCCUUUGUGCUCUUCCAUGCAAGUAGCAGAGACAAUUAUAGCAAAGCUGAUAUUGCCAUCACCUAUUCGCUAUUUGUGGGUUGUUUUUUCUUUGAAGUCAGUUCAACGUUUGUUUCCAUGUUGUCACCUUGGACAUGGGCAUGGUUUAAGGUUAGAAGGUGUGAUGCACUCGCCAGUUUGUGGGUUUUCUUUUGCUCUGACAUCGGAUAUCCAAGGACGAUGAAACAGCAGCGGUGGCCAAAUUUGAUUGGACAGUACAACUUAGAUAGCUGGUUGACUGACAGCAGCCCGCAGCAAAGCAUAAUAAUGGCUGUGUUCAGAAAGUUGUUAGUGGGUUUGUUGGGUGUCAAAAAGAAGAAAAUAUUUUGGAUGAGCAAGCUAUUAGACACCGGUUACGUGGAUGUGGGUAGCAAGAUUGUGGAGUGUGUUGCAGAAGAGAUUAUUCUCUUGACAUUUGACUCCGAUGUUGAUAAACCCAAUGAAUGGCCAAAAAUUGGUUCCCUGUUGAAAGAGGCAUCAGAACUUUUUGCUAAUGAUUUUGGUAUGGCAAUUAUCUGGAUGCAUGCAGUUACUGAGUUGCUUUUGAAAAAAUGUGAAUCUUCCCAUUCGGAUAUAGAGGUUCAUGGUACAAGUGAAUUCGGUAUGAUGAUUUUGGUAUGUCGUAAGCUAUCCAAGUACAUAAUGUACCUUUUCGUUCACCACCCUUCCAUGCUGCCGCUCUCUAUCAGCCCAGCACCUACCCUGGCUCAGGCUCACGAAGUAUAUGAUGAUUUCACCAAGGAUAGUGUUGAGUUGGAGGUAAGCAAGGAAACGGUGGAGGAGGUAGCACGCAUGUGGACGCGGCUACUUGUUUACGCUGCUGGCAAGUCCAAGGCGGCGCCGCAUGUUGCGCUGCUGAGCAGAGGAGGAGAGCUCAUCACAUUCGCAUGGCUAAUCAUGGCCCACUGCGGGUUUGGGGAUACUCGCGUUAGAAGACUUCAACUUACCAAUAUUGAUGCCCACAUAGUGAGAGAAUUAGAUUUUACACCGCGACACCUCUUCAAUCUUCCCAUGGAAGAUCAGAUAUCGGACGCUGCUAAUCGGUCAAAAUUGGAUGAUGAGAACACGAGUGGGAUGACGACUAAGUCUGAUCGCUUCGUGGUUGGUAGCCGUAGCUUUCCAUGAGGGUCCGUCCAUAUGUGGUUUUCUUAUGUGCUCGUUUAUUCUCAGUAAGGUUCAUCUUGCUUGGUUGAGCUAUUUUCUGCUUAUUAUGUCUGUGUAUGUAAUUUUAAAUUGUGGAGUUUAUUCAGCGGACUUUUGUGCUAUUCACUGAAUUAUGAUGUCACAUUGUGGAAUUUGCGAAAUUAUGAGGAAUUAGAAAAAAUGCAUCUCACAUUGUGGAAUUUUAUUAGAAAACAAAUACUCCCUCCGUCCGAAAAAUCUUGUCCCUCGAAUGGAUGUAUCUAGCACCAAGUUAGUGCUAGAUACAUCCAUUUGAAAGACAAGCUUGAGACAAGUUUUUUCGGAUUGAGGGACUUAUACAAAUGAACGACUGGAGUACAAGUACCAAUUAAUUCCCAUGAUUUGGAUUGUAAGAUUCCAUCUAGUUUCAGCUACAAUUAUCAGACUUUAGACUAGCUUGAAUUAGAUUGUGGGCCAAUACUACAUAGGACAGCCUUGGUAUAAGAGGUCAACACAAUACAUCUAGUGGGUUCACUCUAAUGUCCUUAGGAUUUUUCUUUUGUUUGAAUAAUUCUAGUUCGAGAUAAAGGCUGCACAACAUGUCCUCUCCAUGUGCGAGCAAGGCAUGAAUACCCAAGAUAUUAGCUGUGCUAAACUAACACUCUGUACAACCUUGUGAAAUCUGAAUAUAUGAGUGCAUGAAGAUUUAUCUGUCAGUUUUAGGGCUAUGUUCCACUUUUUUUCCUCUUGCAGUUGAUUGUUCUGCACAGACAAAUCCAUGUUCUGGGAUGUUCCAGGGCUCCUUGUUAGAAUAUUUCCAUGUCUAGUUGAUCAUUUCUUCCACUAUGGGUUUAACGAAAUGGCAUUCCUUAAUAGUGAUGAUGAGAACUACGACAACAGUAUAUUAGAAAAUUCAACAAGAUUGCGCUACCGAGAUUCGUUGGUCACUUCAAUUUGUGUAUGAGCAUGUUUGUUUACGAUAACUUAAAUAGAUAGUGGUGUGGGUAUAGGCAUAUGACUUCAUGCUUAUCAUUAAUGAUGACACAUUUUCUCUCAUGUCAUUGCGGUGUUUGGCCAUUAGUCCUUCAGAAAAAAAGGGCUAUUAUUCUAUUUGUUUCUUUUCACUAUUGACAUGUGGCUUACAUUACUAAAUAGAUUAAGUGGUUUAAGUGUAAUGAGGAUGAGGACUCCAUUGUGUACGAUGUUUUCUUAUCAUCUUUUAUCUGCACUCACAAACCAUGUUAGAACACAAGGUGUCAUUGCUGAUCCCAGCUGCUAUUUUAUGGUCAUCCAUUGUGACUUGACGACAUGAAAGUGAACAAUGAAAACUCCUACCUCUGGCUAUUUAUAAUGUCCCAGUCUCUCUUUAAUCUUUUGAACGACCUGCCCUUUUCCUACAGAGUUUCUUUGGAGCUCUCCUGGUAUUCUGCAUUAGUUGCUCGAUUAGUCAAUGAUGCUCUUCAUGAAGCACACACUAUAUACUUAUGCAAACAUUGUAUUUUUCUUGCUUUGGAAGUGUGAAAAAAAUUUAGAA